AUGGCGUAUAAAAAACGAAAAGUCGAUUCCGAGUGUCGUCUAUUUAAAGAAGAGUGGGCUUGGAAAUACUUUUUUACGGAAUACAACUGUAAGCCAGUAUGUCUUAUUUGUAAUGAAGCAGUGGUGGUGUUUAAAUAUUUUAACCUUGCUCGUCAUUUCAACACCAAACAUUCAAAAACCAAAUAUGCUGUGAUGAAUGACGCAGAAAAAAAGGUAAAUGCGGAAAACCUAAAAAAAACAAUAUCUGUUCAACGGAAUGUGUUUAUAAAGCAAAACACUACUCAAAAGGCUUCUACGCUGGCUGGAUAUGUUGUGGCUUAUAAAAUAGCUAAAAAUAACAAACCAUACUCGGAAGAAGAAUUUGUAAAAGAUUGUAAAGUGAGUAUGAGUAAGAUUUUAUGUCCAGAAAAAAUUAAAGAGUUUUGA